AGCGGCCAGCGCCGUUGCGGACGCCUCCCCCCCGCGAUGCUCCGCGGGGCGCUGCUGGAGGACCCGCACGCAAGCGGCGUGCUGCUGCAAAAUGGCGGCGUGCAGGUGGCCGCCCCGUGGCAGCUGACGUGGCCCGCUCCCCGCGCGAGCUCAAUGGCGCCGGCUUCGUUCCUGGACGCCGCUGCGAGGCCGCCGCCGACCGGCGCCCGCAUUGGGCUGCGCGACGACAGCCGCCUCGCGUUCGCGCCGCCCGCGGCGCUGCGCGGCAGAGGCGCUGGCGCGCUGCGCACGGUCGCGGCGUCCUUUCUCGGCAAGGCCGAGCUCGCGCCCCCUGGGGGCGCGCCGCCGCCCGGGGGCUACGGCGGAGGC